GUUAGUGACAUCGAUUAGAUAAACAGACCUAUAGGGUUCAUACCAAGGAGAACUUGGGUAGAAGAAAAAGAUUCACCUGGGCCGCACGGCAUGUUCUGAACAUCUCCAAAAAUAACAGGAUUUUGCCCGGUAAACGAACUGUCGGACCGGCUUAAGGGUAGCUCUAUCUAUAUCGUUGUGAGGCCUCCAGUUUUUGCCUUUCACAUUCAGCGGUGCCUCGCCACUUCGGCGGCUCUACGUGAGAGCCCUGGGUGGCUGUGGUUGGGACUUGAACUGUUCGGGUCAUCGGCGGACGGGGAGUGUUGUAUCCGCCAACAGUUUAUAACCGGGCACCCAGCUACAGAUUUGUAUUCCUGCGUGUCAGUCAAAGUUUGUCUGUUUAUUAACUUGUUUGAGUGAAUUUUUCGCCGGAUGUGUUGUCGCUGCACUUUUUGUUUUGUUGUUGUGAGUCGCCAGUGGCUUCGGGCUCAUAAAGCAGUGCCCUGGUGUUCGCUAGGAACUGGCAGUCCAAAAGGCCACCAUAUUAGAAUUUGUUGGUAUCAGUAGCCAGCAUCGUUUCAAAGCUAGGUCAAUCUGCGUGUCAGUGUCUCACGGAUCGACUCUGCUGUACUCUGGUUUGUGUAGAGGUUUUUGCUGCUGCAGAAAACAGCACGCAAAGACGCCUCGCACGUUCUAAUUGCUUGAAAAUCGUAUGCACAGUCUCGCUGCCUAGCGAGAAGCGGUCCCAUUAACACUUUCUCCGUGAUCAGUCGCACAAAUGGAAGCCGUGACGACGAAGAUGCACUGGGAGACAGUUACAUACACCUGGGAAGUGAAAGAUUUUGUCGACCUUCGAGAAAUGGCUCAGAAUGAACUGACUGAUGGAUGCACCCGACUAGAGAGCACAACAUUCCACGACUUCGCGCUCUGGCUUUUCCCAAACGGACAGAAACAACACAGCUCGGUUAACAGCAUCGAUAUCUCUCUCAUGUAUCGCGGUUCUAAGGAUUUCGUCGUCGCAAAGUGGUCUGCUUGCUUUCUCGAUGAAGAAGACCAGCCAGUUCCGCGAACGCGCCUCGGUGACCCGUUGAAAAAGUACUUCCGUGGUGGAGACGGACGCAGGUUUUCAUACUCCCCAAGCGACGCCAGCAUACAAAAAUGGCUAGUCGACGGUGCUCUUCGGGUGAAAUGCGAGGUGCAAAUAGCAAUGGAACUCACUUCAUCAAGACCGCUAAGAGGCAGCGGCAAGACGGCAGAUAAUUCUUUCAAGCAAGAUAUCGUCAAGUACUGCGAGAGGGAUGAGACACGUGAUGUUUCUAUAAAUUGCGGGAAAGAAGUCUACAGAGCUUCCCGUUUCAUGCUUGCCGCCCGCUCAGAGGUGCUCCAGGCAAUGCUUGAAGGCAAAUUCAAAGAGGCUUCUGAAUCGGAAAUCAAUUUUGAAGAGUUGUCUCCGCAUAUCGCCAAGCAGAUCUUAGACUUUAUCCACUACGAUCGCUGUUCCCUGUUGGAAGGGUCACCGAAGGCAGGCAAGGAUGGCGACAAAAGGAAAAGGAUUCAUGAUAUCCUGCAACUGUUCGCUGCGGCCGACAAGUACGAUAUAAAGGGCCUGGGGGACCUAUGCCAGGAUGCUUUGAUUCAAAACAUGGAUCAUUAUACCAUCGCCGACAUCAUGGUUUUCGCUGAGCAGAUCAGUUCUCAGAAGCUGCUACAGGCCGGCCAAACCUACUUGCAAUAUACAAACGCUUGGACACUGUGGCAAGCUCUACGUGGUUCUGCUUCAACCACUCCAGUAUCUGUUACUACGAACUUCCGUCUGAUGGAAGCGCCAACAAAGGAAGUGAAGCAAGUGUGAAUUUUCCUUCGAGAAAUGAUUCACAAGAUAUUCUGCCAUGACAAUGAAUUCGUAUGACACCCGUGGUGUCAGUGGCCAUAUCGAAAGGAGCCUCGAUUUAUAUCCGAGGUGAUUUGCAAGCCGUCGAGGAAGUGCAAGGGGUUUGACAAAUUCCACACUACGGCUCAAGUUACACCAAUUCAACACGGUACAUAUAUACUGUUGUGCACGGUAAAAUGGACCACUCGAUUCAAUGACAGACCAAAGCCGUUUCACUGAAACACGCUAAGACUAGCGGACGUGCCAGAGUCAGGAGGAUACGCAUUCCAUAUUUUCUCGUCCAGCACGAAGAUGUAGAAGCUCAGCAAGCCUGAGAUGGCAACGCAGAAACCCCAGUAUGCCCGCAUCCCUGCCGGUGGCUGAGCGUGAAUUUCUUUUUGCAAUGAAUAGCGUUACUCGUACCGUAGUAUGCGUAGACGGGCAGGCCGACAAACUGAGAGAGACCUGCGACAGCGAAGAAGAGUGCGCCGUUCAAGCCUAAAGUGGAACCAACUGCUGAUGGUUCAACUCGUUUCGUCAUCUGCGAUGUAGCGCAGAUGUAUCUGGAAAGGAGUGUGACCGUCUCAGACAGUAAUCAGUGCUGCAUAUGCCCUACAGCACUGCUCCAGCACACACUGAUGAACAUAGGACACACUAUAGUAACUCGAGGAGCCUACGAUCAUGGCAGUGGGACUUACGCGGCGCGAGAAGGAGAAGAACGAUCAUGAAUAACGAGCUGGGUCCGACUAAAAAAAGCCUGAGUGAUGCUUUUGGUGAGAUAUCAUCUUUGCUGAAGCGAAGAACAGACGAACAGUAAGAAGCCAACGAAAGCAACGGGGACCGAGUAUCUCUCGCACGAGACAUCACCUGGUGUUGAAAAAACGCAGCUAUUAUGUCGUGCCGAAGUUUCGCUUAUUGUAGUUUACCGAAUCGUGAUGCAAGUGCAGGCGCUAGAAGACCUGGAUCAAUGGAAGAGCUCGCUGGUACGGUGAAAACGAUCGAAACGCCGCAGAUACCGUACCCUCAGCGGCUGGCAGUGCACCACGAAUGAGUUAACAACUUGGCAAGUCAUAAAUGCACCUUCGUACCAAAUGUCAUCAUGCCGAUCAUCGUGACUAAGUAGUUCGUCUGAGUCGGCUGUACCAGGACAGAGAUUCACCAGCUGCUAAGUUGGAAGAAGUCCAGUUUUUUUUACUGUGAGUCCUGCAGUUCCCGUUUUUGUAUCGUCUCCUCACUACACUUCACGAGAUCGUUUUGCUCACCGAACUGGUCGACGGCGACAGCUGUGAAUGCGAAUCGUGUCAUAAGA